AGGUGGUCAGUCCCGGUACGCAGCCACGGCGAGGACCUGGCGCUGCUAAGGGAGAAGGAAAGCCGUUUCCCGCGGGCUUCAUAGAGCCAAGGUACUAAGACAGCCCGAGUCGAGGACAAGUCCAACAGGCAGGCGGAUCCGCGGGCAGCCCGCGUGCGUGAGGACCUCGGUGGCGGCGCUGGGUGGCGGGAAGGAGGAAGUUUCAAAGCCAGGUGGCCUGGUUGUGGCCUAUGGGCGAGAUGAAGCUACACUGUGAGGUGGAGGUGAUCAGCCGGCACUUGCCCGCCUUGGGGCUUAGGAACCGGGGCAAGGGCGUCCGAGCCGUGUUGAGCCUCUGUCAGCAGACUUCCAGGAGUCAGCCGUCGGCCCGAGCCUUCCUGCUCAUCUCCACCCUGAAGGACAAGCGCGGGACCCGCUAUGAGCUAAGGGAGAACAUUGAGCAAUUCUUCACCAAAUUUGUAGAUGAGGGGAAGGCCACUGUUCGGUUAAAGGAGCCUCCUGUGGAUAUCUGUCUAAGUAAGGCCAAUUCCAGCAGUUUAAAAGGUUUCCUUUCAGCUGUGAGACUGGCUCACAGAGGCUGUAAGGUUGAUAUACCAGUUUCAACGCUCACACCAGUGAAGACUUCAGAAUUUGAAAACUUUAAAACUAAAAUGGUUAUCACAUCCAAAAAAGACUAUCCUCUAAGUAAGAACUUUCCAUAUUCCUUGGAACAUCUUCAGACUUCUUACUGUGGGCUUGUCCGAGUUGAUAUGCGUAUGCUUUGCUUAAAAAACCUUAGGAAAUUAGACUUGAGUCACAACCAUAUAAAAAAGCUUCCAGCUACAAUUGGAGACCUCAUACACCUUCAAGAACUUAACCUGAAUGACAAUCACUUGGAGUCAUUUAGUGUAGCUUUGUGUCAGUCUACACUCCAGAAGUCACUUCGGACUUUGGACCUCAGCAAGAACAAAAUUAAGGCACUCCCUGUGCAGUUUUGCCAGCUCCACGAACUUACGAAUUUAAAACUUGACGAUAAUGAAUUGAUUCAAUUUCCUUGCAAGAUAGGACAACUAAUAAACCUUCGCUUUUUGUCAGCAGCUCGAAAUAAGCUUCCAUUUUUGCCUAGUGAAUUUAGAAAUUUAUCCCUUGAAUACUUGGAUCUUUUUGGAAAUACUUUUGAACAACCAAAAGUCCUUCCAGUAAUAAAGCUGCAAGCACCGUUAACUUUAUUGGAAUCUUCUGCACGAACCAUAUUAUAUAAUAGGAUUCCAUAUGGCUCUCAUAUCAUUCCAUUCCAUCUCUGCCAAGAUUUGGAUACCGCAAAAACCUGUGUUUGUGGAAGAUUCUGUCUGAACUCUUUCAUUCAGGGAACUACUACCAUGAAUCUGCAUUCUGUUGCCCACACUGUCGUCUUAGUAGAUAAUAUGGGUGGUACUGAAGCACCUAUUGUCUCUUAUUUCUGUUCUCUAGGCUGUUAUGUAAAUUCCUCUGAUAUGUUAAAGUAAUGGGUGAGACCAGAAAAAGAAAUUUCAAUAACAGAUCAGUUUGGGAUGCAUGUAUGAUUUUGCGAUGUCAAAGUGGAGUAAGGGAAGAUUUCUGUAUAGUUGCUGGAGAGGAGGAAUGUGUAUAGUUACUCAUUUGACUCUAAAACUUUUAUUAAAACCAAUUUUAAUUUUA